AUGCAAUGGAGCGCAAUCUUUGAAACAUCGAUGACGCGAACGCGGAAGGGAAAAGAUAAGAUAAUAACUAUAGCUGCUCAAGCGACUUCGUCAACAGCCAGACACGACGCUGCUCCUCCUCCGUUGCGGACAGGGCUGUCUAGCGCUAUGGAGGACGUUCGCUUAAGCUCUUCGUCACCUAAAAGAAUAUGGGUGAAAUAUGGUGACGCCCAGCCCGCAAGAAUUGACUUCGAAGGAGGGGAGGUGUAUGACUUGAAAAAAGCGAUUAAAAAGGAGUUGUCAAAUAAGUUGGGUGAUGUUGAUGUUGAUGAGAUUACUUUGAGAAGGCACGGCGAGGAAGAGGACUUGCGUCCUGGGCUACUAGUGGAUGAAAGUUUUAAGAAUGAUGAUGGAUCACCUCUACUGUCCAAUGCGAAAGAAGUUGUUAAAGCAAAACUCGUGUUUGCGUCAUUAGUUACUGAAUAUGCAAAAGCAGUGGAGGCACUUUCAAAGAUUCAUGAGCAUAGAGUUCUUCAUAAUGACCUUCGUUUUGAUAAUAUCCUUGUGCAUCGCAUCAAUGGCAAGGUUAAGGUAUCCAUCAUAGACUUUGGCUUUUCAAAGCGAACAGACAAUGAUGAGGAACUUAGCAAGGAAAUGGCAAUAUUGACUAAGUUGCUUCACUCUGCAAACAAACAAUGA